CAUGAUCGGAAUUUCAGCACCAAGACCUCGUUGCUCCAGCUCUAAUAUAAAAGCUCUUGCUCACAGCGCUAUGUCGACCAUAUCCACCACCGCCAGCAACAGCGUCGUACGGUUGAAUUCCUUUCUUCAUCUCUGUCUCUCAGCUUUCGUCUACUCCUACACGCCCCUUCUAAUAUCCACUAAUUGUUUCAUCCUUCGACAUGGAUCAGAUGUACUCAUUCGACGCGAUCCUCUUCCCCUCGGACGGCCGCGCCCCCCACGUCGUAGCGCUCAUGACUAGCCCCGCUUCUUUCACGGAUCCACACGCUUUGCAAAUGACCCCCAAUUCUCGCGUUCCACACCCUGAGGUUUACAUGGACUACAUCGCCGAAGGACUUGGGACCCGUGCUUGGAGCUGCCAGCUUGUCGAAGCUCUCGACGGCAUGAACAAGAAGUUUACCAACCCGUACAUCAUAUUCUAUCCCGUCGUCUCUCGCGACGGUAUGCCAUUCCCCGUGAAUAAGGCUGUGCGGGAAAUCCAAGGAAAGGCUUUCAGAGAGGACCUUGGAUGGCGCGGAAACAUUAUUGUGGCCAAGUACCGCGACAGUCGUUUCAUGGCGAUGAUGAACGCGUCUAUGGCGGAUUUCCCCAUUCUGAAGAACUAUCUGUCCACCCAUGGCUCGCCGAUUAGGCACUUUUGAAGGGCAUCACGGCCAGGCGCCUAGAGGAUCUCGUUGACUCUGCUUCGUUUGAGGACAUUGACUGGUGCUCGCGUCCUAUUUCUUUUUACUUCUAUCUUUG